GCGGUCCACAUACAGGAAGUGAGUUUUCAUCGACUGUUGCAGCCUCGCAGUGUCCGUGGAGAUCAGGGUUACACAGUAGUGAAGAAGACAUUCUGUGAGUAUGAGACACCCAACAGCCCCCCUCGUGUGUCUGGAGGACUAAGCAGGACAUAGAGCCCCGUCACAGUGCCUCCACCUCACUCACUGAUACAUGAGAGACACAAUGACUAGAAGAUUCUGGAACUCACCAACAAGAUCAUUCAGCUGCUGAUUGGAGAGGAGGGGGAGUAUAUAGAGGAACACAGGGGUCUGUACAAGGACGUGAUGAUGGAGAAUCACCGGCCCCUCACAUCACUGGAUGGCCCCAGUAACAGAGAUACCCCAGAGAGAUGUCCCCGUCCUCUGUAUUCCCAGGACUGUACAGAGGAGUAUCAUAGGAUCCCACAGGAGGAUCAGGUAGAACGUCUGUCUGAUAUUAAAACAGAAGAUAUAGAGGGAGAAGAAGAGACGUAUGUGACUGAUAUAAAGGCAGAAGAUAUAGAGGGUGAAGAAGAGACGUAUGUGACUGAUAUGAAGGCAGAAGAUAUAGAUGGAGAAGAAGUGACGUAUGUGACUGAUAUAAAGGCCAAUGAUACAGAGGGAGAAGAGACGUAUGUGACUGAUAUAAAGGCAGAAGAUAUAGAGGGUGAAGAAGAGACGUAUGUGACUGAGUUAAAGGCAGAAGAUACAGAGGGAGAAGAAGAGACGUAUGUGACUGAUAUAAAGGCAGAAGAUAUACAGGGAGAAGAAGAGACGUAUGUGACUGAUAUAAAGGCAGAAGAUACAGAGGGAGAAGAAGAGACGUAUGUGACUGAUAUAAAGGCAGAAGAUAUAGAGGGAGAAGAGACGUAUGUGACUGAUAUAAAGGCAGAAGAUACAGAGGGAGAAGAAGAGACGUAUGUGACUGAUAUAAAGACAGAAGAUAUAGAGGGAGAAGAAGAGACGUAUGUGACUGAUAUAAAGGCAGAAGAUAUAGAGGGAGAAGAAGAGACGUAUGUGACUGAUAUGAAGGCAGAAGAUAUAGCGGGAGAAGAAGAGACGUAUGUGAGGGGUGAUCAGCAGUGUAAGGAGGAGGAGAUCCCUACAGAUAUCACUCUGAAAGUAGAUACAGUGUUUCCAUGUUCUAUAGAUGCCAAAUGUUUUACACAGAACACAAAACCUAUUAACCCGCACACAGUUAAGGCAGGUGAAAGGCCACUUAUAUGUUCUGAGUGUGGGAAAUGUUUUACAUACAAAUCAGAUCUUGUUAUACAUCAGAGAAGUCACACAGAUAAUUGUCGCUAUGGUGACAGAAACAAUUUCCUGUUAAUGUGUGACUCGUAUUAUUACUGUUAA